UUAUCACAUCAAUAUUAAAAAUCUUUUACGUUUUAAAUAAAUAGAUCGACUUGGCCAUCGCAUGAUUAGAUUGUUUAGUAUGUAUCCAACACUAGGGGCCAUCAACCUGGUUUCUCACCAGUCCUUCCGAUGUGGGAUGAAUUAUUUUGUCAUCGUUGCUGACAUGGCUGACCUAACAGAUUUGAAAAGUACUGUUUUUGUGCAAAAACAGGCGUUAAAUGCUCUUAAUAAAAAAAUCCCUUUAUAACUUUUAAAUCUUUAUUAGAAAGAUUACAAAAAUCGUUUGUUACGUACUAAUUAUAAUAAGGCACAAUGAAACAAAACUUAUUUACCUACAAAAAAGUAAAGAUGUACUACUUGUACUUAUUAAACUUAACAAAUAUUAAAUUGAUGUGCUCACAUUUACCACGAAGCUUAUCCCGACACGCGCGCGAUUUAUACUCCAAACUGUCGCCCUUUCCUUUUCAUAGCAAGCGAAAGAGCAAUAAUUCCACAGAUAUUACAUUAUUCUUAUAUAGAUCUGUGAAAAAUUCGUAGUAGAUCUGUAGUAGCACACCAUUGCAACUUCUUAACAACACGCAAGUGAAGGCACAGUUUAGACUUUAGAGCACUUUGUAACUAGCGCUAUCAUAUUUUUUGUGUAUAACAGAUUAUGGCACAGACAAAGAAUUUUAUUUCCAUACAUUAAAAAAAAAAAAAAAAAAAAUAAAAAAAAAAAAAUAAAAAAAAAAAAUUGGAUUAUUAGUCCAAGCGUGUUCGGGUUCACUUAAAUUAAUAAAUAUUUAACACAAAAGUGCUAUUGGCGAUUUUAGAGCGUAGUGAAUUAGUUUGAGAUUUUAGUGUUACCUAAACAUAUAAUUUAUAAGUAUCUAAACAAAACAGCUCCAAUGCUGAAGACUUCGUAAGUGAACCUGCAGCCUGCCAACACUACACAAGCUGAAAAACACGGGUGAGAGCGUUCCAUGUUAUAAAAUAUCCCCCUUCAUAAAUAUAUCUUUACCUAGAGCUAUAUACUUAACCCAUAACGUAAACAAACCCUUAGCGUAACAAGUUCUCCAAGUAGCCAACAAAAAAGCAACUAUACUUCAAAGAAAUAAUCUGGUCCCACCGCUUGAAUCCUGCAAGGCAGUGCCAAAAUCAAAUCCAAAAUACACAUUCGUCUUUACUUAUGUAUAGAUGUACUGCUUUAUUUGUUUGCCAGAUUAAGUAAAAUAAAAUAUGAACCUGUUCUAAUGUUGUAAUUUAAUAGUUCAAAUAUUAUAUAAAAGAAAUAAAUAGACAACGCGCGUUCGGGUUCACUUAAAUACAUAAAUAUUUUAAAUACAUAAUUAACACUUAAAUACAUAAUUAUUGGCGUAUUUAGAGCGUGGUGAAUUUGUCUGAGUUUUAGAGUUACAUGUAAUACCAACAAGCCAACAAAAAGCAACUAUAUUUCAAAGAAAUAAUCUUGUCCCACUGCUUGAAUACUACAAGGCAGUGCCAAAAUCAAAUCCAAAAUACACAUUAGUCUUUAUUUAUGUAUAUAUAUAUAUAUAUAUAUAUAUAUAUAUAUAUAUAUAUAUUAUGUAUUGUACUGUUUUAUUUGUUUCCUAGACUAAGUAAAAUAAAAUAUAACCUGUUUUUUCAAAGAAAACCUCAAAGCUAUAAGAUAAACAAAAUGAAAGAAUUCCGGUAGCAAAUGAAGGCAUCCCAGAUAAAAUUUAAGACAAUUAAAAAUAUUUAAAUCACAACACAUAAUAUACUUCGAUAACGAAUAUAAAACAAGAUAAAAGAGUCUCGUCACGCUUAUAACUCAUAUGGCACCUCAGAUAUUCCGCCAACAUUUGUCUUAAAUAACCUAAUAUUACAUACUUAUUCUAUAACCCAACAUUAGAACAUACUGAUAAUUCCAAACAACAUUCCUGCAACAAUAAAAAAAAAAGGCCCAAUAUAAAAAUAAAAGAUAAGAAAUUAGAAAGACGCCAUUGAAACCAGGAAACACAACAAACACAAUAGCUAACACUUAGAACAAAAACAAAUCCACAGCUGCAAGCCAUAAAUGAAUAACAUCGUCUGACUCGACGCAAACCAUAAAACAAAGCAAUUGAUCCCUGCAACAAAAAAAAGGCAUGAAGGUUACAAUUUAUUACAAAAUAGAAAGCUAGCAAAAAAUAUACCCUAUUACGCAAACGACUCUAUAGACAAAGAAACCCCGAGCAUUAUAAACCUUUAUUACCUACCUAACAAACUCACCAAGUUGGCACAACCCAGAGAUUUACAUUCGACGUUAUAAUUUAAUAUUGGCAUUAGGUACCACAAACCAAACUUCAUAACAUAUUCAACUAAAACUAAUACAUUUUUCUCCACAGCUGCUUUAGAAAUUAAGCUCUUUUUACAGCAUAGAAAUAUGGAGAUAUACGCAGACACCAUAACAAAAAUCCCAGGUGAUGGUAAUUGUCUAUAUAGAGCAAUCGCAUACCAAAUCAACGAUCUGUUUGGCAUUACAUUCGACCAUCUAGCAAUCCGACGCGACUUAGCUAAGUACGUUGAGGAUAAUCAACACAACGAUAACAUACACCAAGCUAUUAGGAGUAACCUAAAUGACACACUAACAGAUCUACAGACUCAAAUCAACAAAUACCUACAAGCUCAAUAUAAAGAAGGUACCUGGGGUGGGACUGAUAUAUUGAUAGCAGCAGCUGAAUACUACAGCAUCAACGUCAAAAUCUUCCAAGGCUAUCCGCUAAAAGAAACAAUACAAUUCAGCCCGAAAAAUAAUGACGCAGCAGGUUGCAUAGGCCUAAUAUUUAAUGGAAAUCAUUACGACUGCUUCAAGAACCAUUUGGGCGCUUCUUCACUAAACCCCACACAAAAGACAGAAAGCUCAGGCGAAUGCACCCCGGAAGAAAUAACUGACGAAACCGGCUACAGACUAAUAAGACCGAAGCCUCAUUACACAACUAUAAAACAAAUAGACAACAUCAAUAUCGCUACAUGGAACGUAAGAGGCGCAGCGACCUUAAACAAAAAAGCAGACAUUGACUCGAUACUAGAAGAUAAAUUGAUUCACAUUGCAUGCCUACAGAAAACCCACUUAAAAACAGGUUCUUACAAAUCUAAACACUACCUCUGGUCUCUAUGUGAAAACCGAAAAAGGGGAUUAGCCAUCCUAAUCAGAAAAAAUUGCGGUCUCACAAUAAAAUGGACAAAAUCAAACACAAACAACAUGGCAGCGCUAAUCUACCUAGAUAACCAAACUACACUAUUUAUAGUUAAUACACAUUUCUCAAACUCAACGUCAGCGGCAACAAAUGAUUUAGCCCGCCUCCGGCAACUAAUAAUCGGGAAACCAAUAAAUUCAUACAUUAUAAUACUGGGCGACUUCAAUGCACACGUCGGCUACCAGAACCCAAAGACACGGCAUAAUCCAAAACAAAUAGGUAGAAACCUGCAUCACAAAACUACAAACAACAACGGUGAAAUCAUGACAGAUCUAAUUAGAAUGGGCAACCUCCGACUAGACACAUCCUUUGGCCGCAAUAGUUGUAAAACGACAUACAGAUCCGGCCGCAAUAUUUCACAAAUCGACCACAUUAUGACCCAAGCUAAAACUCCACCAUCAUUUAACUAUAUAAAAGGCGAAUACACGCCACUUUCGGACCAUAAAAUCAUCUGGGGCAAUCUAAGACCUUAAGACUUAAAUAGAAAUACCAACAAGACCCACCAAUUUAAUACUCAAACAACAACACCCAAAAACAAGGAGCUAAACACAUUUAAAUAUAAAUCGCUAGACUAUGAACUACUCCAAAGUAAAGGCACAAAAGAAAGAUACCAAACGGAAGUAAUUAAACUUUUAAAUAAAAGACACCAGAACAAAAACAAAGCCAAUCUUUCCUGGGAAGAAAUAACAGGAACUAUGAAAACUUCAGCCACGAAAAUCCUGAAAUUUUAUCGGAAAUAUUCCAGAGAGUACAGGAUAGCUCUAGCAAAACUACAAAAAGCAAAAUGCUUGAAAAACCAACGGCCCUCUGACCCAAUCCACCAAAAAAUCCUGAAAGAGUGUAGAUAUCACCUACAAGCAAUAGAGGUCGCCGAGGAGCAAGAAAAAUAUCGUGCAUUUUUCAGUGAUCUAUCAACUAGACACCCCUCAGUAAGAAUGAAAUUCACAUACGAAUUCUAUAGAAAUCAUAAGCAAACAGAAAGACGCCGACUAAAGCAGACUUUUAUUCCUAUGUCUAAAUGGGAACAAGAACUGGCAAAAACAGAAGGACAAAUCAUAGAAGAAUUGACAGGCGAAAACGCAAAAGAAGAACUAGGCGCGGAACCUACACUAGAAGAAAUCGAAGAAAUAAUAAAAAAAAUGCGCAAUAAAACAGCCCCGGGAAUAGACCAAGUUGUAACAGAAUUAUACAAAGCCAACCCAGAAGAGCUAAAUUUAGAAAUUUUAAACCACAUUCGAACUGCAUGGAAUAAAAACAUACUGCCAUCCUCAUGGACUCAGUCGUUUCAAGUGCCACUCCCUAAAAAAACUAACCCGAAACAGGUAAAUGACUACAGACGUAUAUCAAUAUGUAGUACGGGAUACAGAAUUUAUGCAAACUUUUUACUAAAACGACUGGACGAAACAAUUGAAACACUAGGCAACUACCAAGCCGCCUUUCUAAGUAAUCGCUCCACGGAUGACCACAUGUUCACCAUACGUCGAAUAUUGGAUGAAGAAUGGAAAGCGGGUGAAAAAUCUUUUGUUCUUUCGAUCGACAUAGAAGCAGCAUUUGACACCGUGGAUCACUCAGCCCUCAGAGAUAUAAUCGCAUCUAGAACAAAUAAAUCCAUGACAAAUCGAAUCAUAAAAGCCACUUUGAAUGAAUCUACAUGCAUUAAAUGGUUCGGACAACAAACAAAAUGGAUAAAAAAAGGUAAGGGUGUCAAACAAGGCUGUCCCAUAUCACCCAGACUCUUCACAAUAGUUAUGGACGACGUCUUCAAAACACUAGCGGAAGAACUACCUUAUAUAAAACUAAAUCAAGAUGACAAAAUUCAACUCCCAAUUAUUCUAGCCUUCGCGGACGACGUAAUCAUAAUAUCAAACGAUAUUCAACAAUUAAACGAAAUUUUUGUAAAGGCCACAAGUCUAUUAAAGUCAGUAGGUCUUACAGUAAACGAUACAAAAACGAAAUUACUAGUUCGCGACCCACUAAACAUAAAUAACAGGAACUUUUUUGUACUGGGAGAAACUACUUUAUCUCCCGUUAAAGAAAUUAGGUAUCUAGGGACCUACAUCUCAUCUGUACUGAACAGGAAUGGUACAGUAAAUGCCCGCUGCAAACAAGCGAUCAAAAAUUCGAAGACU